AUGGCUGAAGAUAGCUCACGCCUUGGUGGGUUUUCAGCUGGUCUGGCUGUCAUAUUGAAUGGUGAGGAUAAUAAGAAAAAGUUGCCGAAAACUCGGUUACUUUCCUGCUGUGAUGAUUUUGGUGAACAGUCGGUGGAAAGAACGCUUGAAUACGUGUUUGGUCUCCCCAACAGAUCUUUAAAUUCAUUGGAUGGUCCAGUUGACAGCAUUUUUAUUCAUUCUGUCAUUAGGAAUGUUUUUUCAAAGUAUAAUGCAAAUAUUGGUGAUUCUUCUAGUGAAAGAGAUAUGAUAUGUAGACCAGAUGUUGUAGGCCUAGAAGAAUCCAGCAUAUGCGGUGAUAUUAAAAUCAUCAAACCGCCUUUUCUUAUAGAGAGUUUGGAAUUGUUCAGUAGUGCAAGGGUUAAUACCUGUGUUUGGAAAGGGAAAUGGAUGUAUGAAGUUUUGUUGGAAACAUCUGGCAUACAGCAGCUUGGUUGGGCCACUCUUUCUUGCCCUUUCACCGACCAUAAAGGUGUCGGUGAUGCUGAUGACUCAUAUGCCUAUGACGGGAGACGAGUUAGCAAGUGGAACAAGGGUGCUGAGACAUAUGGUCAGUCAUGGGUUGUUGGUGAUGUCAUCGGAUGUUGCAUAGAUUUGGAACAAGAUGAAAUAAUUUUCUACAGGAAUGGAAAUUCACUUGGGACAGCAUUUAGAGGAAUUCAAAAAAUGGGUCCUGGUUUUGGCUAUCACCCAGCAAUCUCUCUCUCCGAGGGUGAAAGAUGUGAAUUGAACUUUGGAGCUCGGCCCUUCAAGUACCCAAUUGAAGGCUACCGUCCUCUUCAGGCUCCUCCCUCUAAAAGCAACUCCCUCACACGAUUGCUUCGGUGCUGGUCAAGGUUGUUGGACAUGCAUUCAGUGGAACGAGCUGAACAUUCAUUAGCUCAGAAAUUGAGAAGAGUAAAGAGGUUUGUUUCAUUGGAAGAAAUUUUCCGUCCUGUCUCUAAUGCUAUUUGUGAGGAAUUAUUCUCUAUACUUGAAGAAAAUGUUGGACACACAGAGUAUAUGGUUUGGGGUCCAGUGUUGUCCUUCAUGUUUGAAGUUUUUGAGUUGCAUGCACCCCAUGAUUAUUCAAGUUUGGAUAAAGUAGUUGAAGUACUGCUACAAUUUCGAGGAUCACAUGUGCUGUUUGAAAACAUCCUAAACGCACUUUCAUGCGGUUGUAAAACAACUCAAUUAGUUCUAACUGAAUGUCCUUACUCUGGGUCAUAUCCUUACCUUGCCCUGGCAUGUCAUCUACUAAGACGAGAGGAACUUAUGGUGCUUUGGUGGAAAUCACCAGAUUUUGAAUUUUUGUUUGAAGGUUUAAUGUCACGAAAAACUCCAAACAAGCAGGAUCUUGACUCUAUGAUACCCACUGUUUGGUGGCCCGGUUCAUGCGAAGAUGCUUGUAGUGAAGGUAACAUGAUGUUGGCAACCACAGCUUUGUCUGAAUCAAUCAGCAAGAUUGAAGAGAAGCAUCGGGACCUCUGUCGCUUAGUUAUACAAUUUAUACCUCCUAUGGCACCUCCCCAAUUACCUGGAGCAGUAUUUAGGACAUUUUUACAAAACCUUCUACUGAAGAACAGAGGGGCAGAAAGAAAUGUCCCACCACCUGGAGUUUCUAGCAAUUCAGUUCUUGUUUCAAUUUAUACAGUUGUGCUCCAUUUUUUAUCAGAAGGAUUUGCAUUGGGUGAUAUCUGUGGCUGGUUAAAGAGCUACAAAUCAGAUGUUGGUUUCCUUCACAGAGGUGGUCAACAAAGUUUUCCCAUACACUUGUUUCUAAGAAAUGACCCUCAUAGAACUGAUAUUUCCAGGCUUGGGGGAUCCUAUACCCAUUUAUCAAAACUACACUCCGUAGUUGAUCAUGAAAGGGAAGUAGUUCAAUGGGAUGAAGGUUGCAUGGAUAAUGAAGAAAUCAGAGUGACACAUUCAACCAAACAGAAGCCGUGCUGUUGUUCAAGUUAUGAUUCUGAAUUUGCAAGGAGUUCAAAGGUUCCAGCUAAAUACCUGGCCAAAGGGUCUCGGGGCCAUUGUAGCCCUAUUCCCGAAAGACCUGCUCAUGUUGCUGCUGAAUGCAGUGAUGGGAGUUUGAAUAGUGAGAUAUCAGAUAAACCCAGUUCCAGUGAUCAAUCUGAACCCGAGUAUGGUUACCGCCAAGUGCACCAUCUGAAGUCUGUCCCAAAGGAUACUGAUAUGUGUAUGGAUAUGCUACAAGAAGAAGAGCUGCUUGAUGCUUUGUUAUGGCUGUAUCAAUUUGGUCUUGCUCCAAAUUUUAAGCAGGCAUCGUAUUACAUGACUCAUCAGGCACAAUCAAUCUCCCUUUUGGAGGAAACUGAUAAGCAAAUAAGAGACCGAGCUUGUGGUGAAAAAUUGAAGCAUUUGAAAGAAGCUCGUAACGAGUAUAGAGAAGAGGUUAUUGACUGUGUUAGGCAUUGUGCUUGGUAUCGUAUCUCUUUGUUAUCUCGAUGGAAGCAGCGAGGAAUGUAUGCAAUGUGCAUGUGGGUUGUCCAGUUGCUACUGGUUCUUAGCAAUACGGAUUCCGUGUUUAUCUACACCCCUGAAUAUUAUCUGGAAGCUUUGGUUGAUUGCUUUCAUGUGUUGCGGAAAAGUGAUCCUCCAUUUGUUCCAUCCACAAUUUUGAUCAAGCAUGGACUUGUUUCAUUUGUCACUUUUGUAGUUACUCAUUUCAAUGAUCCAAGGAUAUCAAGUGCGGAUCUUAGGGAUCUUCUUCUCCAGUCUAUAUCCGCCCUGGUGCAGUACAGGGAGUAUUUUGCAGUUUUUGAGAGCAACGAGGCAGCCAACCAAAGGCUGCCAAAAGCUCUGUUAUCAGCAUUUGAUAACAGGUCUUGGAUCCCCGUGACGAACAUACUUCUACGAUUAUGCAAGGGUUCUGGUUUUAGUUUUUCAAAGAAUGGAGAGUCGUCUUCAUCAUCAAUUCUUUUCCAAAGGUUGCUAAAAGAAGCUUGCAUAAAUGAUGAAGGAUUGUUUUCAUCUUUCCUAAACCGUCUAUUUAAUAUACUUAGCUGGAGUAUGACAGAAUUUUCAGUUUCUGUUCGAGAAAUGCAAGAAAAGUACCAGGUAAUGGAGUUUCAGCAAAAGAAAUGUGGUGUCAUAUUUGAUCUCUCGUGUAAUCUUGCAAAAAUUUUGGAGUUCUGUACUCGUGAGAUUCCUCAAGCAUUCCUGUCUGGACCAGAAACAAACCUAAGGAGGUUAACUGAGUUGGUUGUAUUUAUCUUGAAUAACAUUACUUCUUCAGCCGAUGCUGAAUUCUUUGACUUGUCCCUUAGACGGCAUAACCAAUCUUCAGAGAAAGUGAAUCGAGGCAUGGUAUUGGCGCCUCUCGUAGGGAUCAUGUUAAAUUUAUUGGAUGCUGCUAAGUUGGCAGAGUGUCGAGAAAACAGUGAUCUUGUUGAUGUUUUUCUAAGCAUGGAUUGUCCCGAUACAGUUCUUUAUGGUUUCCAAUAUCUUGUGAAUUAUAACUGGGAUGAAUCAUGUCGGGGAGAAGCAUACAUGGAAAAAUAUAAGCAGCUAGAAAAUUUUCUGACCCUCCUUGCUUGCCGCGCUAUGUCUGAACGUGAUGAAGUGAACAGUGUUGUAGAUUCAGACCUUGAUGAUAACUUAUGCUGCAUAUGUUACGCAAGUGAAGCAGAUACCCAGAUUGCACCUUGUUCACAUAGGUCUUGCUAUGGCUGUAUAACUAGGCAUCUUUUGAACUGUCAAAGGUGUUUCUUUUGCAAUGCUACAGUGACAGAUGUUAGUAGAAUUAAUGAGAAGACAGGCUAA